CUCUAUAAAGACCCCAAGCCCCCAUCGUCUCCCCAUUGAUCUCGACACAACCUGUGCAGCCAAAGAGAGAGUUAGCGAGAUAUCCUUCAAAACUCCCACUUCUAUAGAGAGAAAACAUGGCAACUAGCUACUACUAUCAAAAUGGUCCUUAUCAUUCCUCUUCUUACUCUCAACCCCCUCCCUUGCCACUCCACCUAUGCUUCUUCCUCCUCACUCUCUUCUUGUUCAUUGGCCUCUCAUUCUACAUGAGCUACGAAUCGGUGUUCGAGAGCUUGUUCGACCAAAUCAAGCUCUUCCUCAUGGUGUCACCACUGGUGCUGCUUUUGGUCGUCCACUGGCUAAGCGGUGUUGAUCGGCGGCGGGUGCCGUUCUUCAUCCCUUUGCCGGAGAGGGAGUCCUUCCAUAGGGCCGGUGGAUCGCCGUGGGGCGUCGCGCUCGUUCUGGUGCUUCUCAUGUUCAUGAUCUCUUACCAGUCCUACUUCCACGAACGAUGGUUCCCCCUACUUAGUCGAUGAUGGUGAUCAGAGUGGUGGACAUGGUGGUUGUUUGAGGAAGAAGAGGUUUUUCUCCUACUAUUAUAUAUAUAUAUAUCUGUCUUUGACAAGAGAGAAGGAAGGGUUGGAUUAGGAAGUAAUUUUAUGUAUUUAGCUAUGUGGACUGAACGAGCAAGAGCUUGAUGCUUUAUUUUUCAGUAACAAGGCUUGCUUUCUUCGCUCUAUCUUAUUAUCAUGCUGCUUAAAUCUGAAAAUGAGUGAAUUUAUUUUGUUAA